AUGCGCAGUAUCGCCUGCCUCCAAGUCUUCGUCGGCUUUCUCGCUGCCAUCAACUCUUUCGGGUUCCUUACCUCCUUCGGCGUCUUCCAAAUCUACUACCCAGAACUGCUCGGCACCUCUGACUCCAACGUCUCAUGGAUCGGCUCCACCCCGAUCUUUGUCGUCUCAGUCGUGAGCAUAAUCAGCGGAAGGCUGGUGGACACUGGCCAUUUCCGUGUUGCCGUGAUUGUCGGAGCUUGUUUGCAAGUUGUAGGGGUCUUCUGUGCCAGUGCUGCGAAGGGGUACUGGACGGUGUUCAUAACCCAGGCAAUUAUCAUGGGGUUGGGGAACGGGCUGGCGUAUACGCCGUGCAUUUGGGUUGUUGCGACGCAUUUCGAGAGGAGAAAAAUGCUUGCGAUUGCGAUCUCUUCUACGGGCGUCCCAGUCGGAGCCUUGAUGUUUAUCGGAGUGAGCAAAGAACUCAUCCCGUCGCAUGGUAUCGGACCCUAUCUGCGAGUUAUAGGCUACAUCUUGAUUGCCACCAACGUCUUCAUCAUCGCAGCCGCUCGCCCUUUUGAGGCCUCAGAGAAAUCUCUCAACAACGGCCUCGUCGACUUCGCCGCUUUCAAACGCCUAGACUUCGCCCUCUUCGUGGCUGGCGCCUGCUUCAACUUCCUUUCUAGCUACUUCGUCCCAUUCUACAUCCCCUCCUUCGAUAAAGACGCCCUCCACCAAUCCACAAGCUCCCACCUCAACGCACUUCUUCUCUUCAAUGCCUUCGGUAUCGCCGGGUGCAUCCUCAUGCCCUGGUUCGCGGACCAGAUCCUCGGCCCCCUUCCCGCCUUCACUAUCUGCAUCCUGUUCAACGCCUCUGCCACUUUCUCCUGGCUCAUCGUAGACAGCGAAGGCCCACUCUGGGUAUUCGCCGCGUACUACGGCUUCUUUUGGCACGCAAAGAGGGCGCUUUUCAUCUCGGCAUCAGCGAGUGUAAUACUCAAGCGGAAUGGGUUGGGCGCUAGGAUGGCGGUGUGUACCGUUGUGACGAGUGUGCCGAUGCUCGUGGCGGCGCCCAUUGGGGGUGCUAUCAUAGAGGGUUUUGGAGGGGAGUAUGCGGUUGCGCAGUUGUACGCGGGGACGAUGUAUGUCAUUGCGGCCGGAUUGGUGGGGGCGGCGUGGUUUGUGCAGGAUAUGAAGAGGGCGGCGAAUGAUAGGCAGAAGAUUGGGGUGAGAAGGUUCUUGAUGAGGACUUUCUCGAGGGAAGGUGGCAGUCGGGAUGGGAGUCCGGAUCUUCGUAGGACUACGUCGGCUUGA